AGCACAAAGUUUCUUUCCUUCGUCUUAAAAGUUUUUGAUAGUUUUUCUUCUAUUGUUACUUCAACUGUGCGGUUUUUUGACUUCAUCCAUGUUGAAAUGGAAUAUGAGGAGUUCCCUAGAGAGAGGCUAUCAAUGGUUUGAGCUGCUGUGAUUGCUCCUCCCGCGGAUGAAGAUGGACCCCCCCGCCGUGUGCGUCCUCCAGACCCUGCUGGCGCUGAUGAUCUUGCCCCCUGCUGUCUCCGUCUCCUGCCCCUGGCCCUGUUCCUGCCCCCAGCCCACUGAGCUCCACUGCACCUUCCGCUCCCUUAUCACCAUCCCAGCCACUGUAUCUAAAUAUGUGGAACGCAUGAACCUGGGGUUCAACAGCAUUAAUGAAAUCUCAGAGAAAUCACUGGCUGGUCUGAGGAAGCUCGAGCUUCUGAUGGUUCAUGGAAAUGACAUCCACACUCUACCUGAUGGAGUGUUCAGGGACCUCAUGUCACUGCAGAUGUUGAAGAUUAGUUACAACAAGCUGAAGGAGAUCAACAGACAUACCCUUCAGGGUCUGUGGUCUUUGGCCCGGUUACACCUGGAUCACAAUCGAUUAGAGUUCAUCCAUCCAGAUGCCUUCCAGGGCCUCACCUCCCUGCGACUGCUGCAGCUGGAAGGCAACCAACUUCAGCAGCUGCACCCAGCAACGUUCACCACCUUCACUCUAAUGAGCCACUUCCACAUUUCCACUCUAAGGCACCUCUACCUUUCAGACAAUGGACUGACGUCACUGCCCUCCGGGCUGGUGGCAACCAUGCCUCAGCUGGAGAAUCUGUAUCUCCAUGGGAACCCAUGGAGCUGUGACUGCAACAUGAGGUGGCUCAAUGUCUGGGAUAAAACCUCACCAGGUGUAUUGAAAUGUAAAAAGGACAGGGCCCUUCCUGGUGGACAGCUGUGUCCUAUGUGUUCCUCUCCCAGGCACCUCCAGAAGAAAGAGCUCCAGGCUUUGGAGAACCUGGUCUGCAGCAGCCCCGUCAUCAGCUCUCCUCAGAGGACUUCUCAACCUGAGGACACUGAAAGUGAGGUCAUGACCACAGACAACUUCAGGGAACCAUUUGGAAGCAUCUCCCUGGGCCUGUCUGAUGAACAUGGGAAUGAGGUGGAUCUGGAGUGUAGUAUUGGCGAGCCAAGAGAGAUUACCAAGAUCAAUUGGGAGCAGGUCAACCAGCUCCAGCUGGCCUCCAACAUCACUUUGUCAGUGGAUCUCGAAUGUCCUGUUGAUAGAGAAAAGUAUGAACGACUUUGGAGGCUAAUUGCUUACUACAGCAAUGUGCCAGCCCACUUACAAAGGGAGAUUAUGCUCAACAAAGAGCCUCAUCCAACCUAUGUGUAUAGACAGGACUCUGAGAAGGAUGCCCUUUACUACACUGGUGUUAAAGUUAACGUCAUGGCCCAGCCAGCAUGGCUGAUGCAGACAUCUGCAGACCUUCAGCUGAACAGACUUCAAUCAUCAGCCAAGAUGGUAAAAUUGAUCCUGAGCACGGACCUCUCAGAGACAGUGGAGGCGGACCUGGUACAGAGGCAGAAAAGGACAUGGGUCCUGAUUGAGUCAACAAACACAACUCAUAAAGUGCUGAGUGCUAUCCUGGGAAGCCCAAGUCAAAUUUACUGUAACGUGCACAGUUCUGGCCAACCAGUAAUUCAAUGGAUGCUGCCAGACGGCUCCAAAGUGGAGGCACCAUACAGAAGUCCAGACAACAGGGUGUCUGUGUCCAGUGAUGGAAGGCUGGUCAUUAAAUCCGUCAGCCACACAGACACAGGAAUUUACUACUGCAUUGCCAAGGUUCAUGGAGACCUGGCUGUCCUGCCAUUCCAUCUGACAGUACAGGAAUCUUCCAGCCCUCCCCCAGGAGAGGAUGCCUCAAUAACACCCACUGAGGGAUUUUCAGGGAAUCCCAUUUCCCUGCCUUGCACAGCAUCUGGCUCCCCUGAUGCUGAAAUUAACUGGAUUCUACCAAACAACGACAUAGUUAGUUUCCAUGCCAAAUCCUCCAGAGCUUUGGUCUAUUCCAACGGCACUCUACAUAUCCCACAGACUCAGUUAUUUGACAGUGGUUAUUAUAAAUGCAUUGCCAUGAAUCAACAUGGUGUGGACACACUUGCUGCAAAAAUCUCUGUCAUCAGGCGCAAAGGGUUCGUAAGGCCUCUGAGGAAGUUUCUAGAAAGACCUCAGUCAGCCUCAGGGGUCAACACUCAGAUUAAUGUCCUCACAGAGGAUCCAGAGGAGGCAUCAGGCGACACUGAAGUAACUCAGGAGGUUUCUCCAAUGAACCGGAAGGAUCCUUUGAGGAGAAGAAAUCCAGGAGUUGUGGCCCCAGGAAGGAGGGGUCUCCAUCCAUCGAGGAAUAUGUGGCGGAGGCCACCAGUGAUUCGAAAACCAACAAGUCCUGAAGACAGGAAGAAUAUAGUUGAGAGCAGGAGGAGGAUUAAUAUGACAAAGAGUAAAAUAGACCCAGAGAAAUGGGCUGAUAUUUUGGCCAAGAUUAGAGAUAGAAAUGCUCAGAAUACUGUGACACCACUCCUGGUUCAGCACACUACGGAGAGGAGACUGACAGAGCAGACAACACAGUCACAAGAAACUAUUGAAGGAUCAUCGGAUGGCGUGACUGGGCAGGAGAAAGAGAACCAGGAUUACCUAACAACACCACACACUCCAGUACCACAUACACAAAUGAAAACUAAUAAACAAAAUACACAAGGCCAGGGAACCCAUGUGACAUCUAAUCAUUACAAUGCACAUAAUACACAUGAUAUGACAUCAAACAGUCAGCACACACACAUCAUACACGCUACAUCAGAGCCACACACAAUGCAGACUACAAACAAUGUAAGGUACACAACCCCUGAUACAAACGGGGAUCUAUACAUAACUUCAAGCAGUGUAUUUUUCCUCCCACAGACCACAUCUGUUCCACUACAUGCUGUCACUUACUGGCAGGCAAACACAAACAGUGCAAGUAGCAGCAGUACAUUUUCUCUACAAAAGAACCAUAGCACAAAUAAAGAUGUUGAUGGAGUCAAAACAAUUGAUUGGUCCAAGGCAUUGAAGAAGAGCAGCAAAACAGAUAGACCGAAUACUGUUGCAAUCUCUAAUAAUGACAGAAAGCUUUCCUCGAACGGAAGUCAAAUUAUCCUUUCAGUCAACCCAAAUGAAUCAGAGACAAGCCAAGAAGAAAAUGGAAAAUAUCAUAGUGAGACUGCAACAACAUCACAGCUGCAUACCCAGCCAAAGGACACAAUUGAUGACUUGGAUUCUAAAACAAUGAUCACAACAGCAUCUCCAGCAACUACACUUGUGCCCACCACUACAAGGAGGAGACCUGAAAUGCAAUUGCCCCCGUUUGUCCGACAGCCUAACUCCAGGAGAAAGAAUGGGGAUCGGAGGAAAAGACCAAACAGAAAGAAACAAAAGCUGAAUGACACCACCCCGUUUAUUGCCACCACACCUGCAAAUGCUCUGCUAGCAAGCGUCAAGACCACUGCCUCUACACAGCUAAAAAUAGAACCAUUAGAAGUUACAACAGCCAAAUACAAUACCACUGUGCCUUUCACCAGUAGCCAAGCAGCGUCAUUAGGCAGACUGAGUCAUAAAGAAAGCACAGUCUCCAGGCAUUAUAACAAGGCAGCCACCAAACCCUCUUCACUACCAACUUCUCCCCCCAAAUCUAAGGACAGCCUUCUACCCCCAGCCAAACCACUGUUCAAAAGCACAUCCGUGGCACCAUCAUUCCCAACUGCCUCUACAGGAGUGGGUCAAGGAAAGAUGAGUCCUCAAACAGCCUUAAGAAUCUCAGAGAAUGCGUCUCCUCGGGAGUACUUGGAUAUGCUCACGUCAACCACUCAGCAGAGGUUUAUGGGCAGCCCUAUUCCAACUCCUUCUACUACAGGAGACCGUGGACCUGUGCCAUGUUCUGACAAUUCCUCUGGGUGUUUUCACACUGCAACAGUGCAAACAGAUGUCAAGGUCAAUCAAUCAGACUAUCAAUACACACCAACUGAAAAGGGUGGAGAGAUGCUUGUGAAAGAAACUGGGAUGCAUUUUUCACUGCUGCCGUCCCUAUCUGCCUCAGCUACUACAUUGAUCGAGCAUGAAAUCAAGACAAGUUCUGGAUAUGCUUCAGGUGGCAGUAUGCAUUUUGAGGGUGAUUCAGAGACAGAACAGGUUACCACAAAGAAAUCUACACAACUUGAAAGAUAUAAUCAUAGUUCUAGUCAAAAUAACACCACAAGCAGUGAGUCAGAGGUAGAUUGGAAUCUUAAAGAAACUGUAAACACAGGAGUUAUUGUUGAUGCUCCUAUCACAAUUACCACCAUAACAACACCUCCACCUGGUACAUCAUCAAGGCCUGAUCCUGUGAUCCCAUCAAGAGAAGUGCCACAUGUCACACUACCCAAAACGUCCUCCACAGGAGCUAAAAUGGGACCUUUGCUGAAGUACACUACCCAGGAGGCUCCUAGGAUCACAGUCAACCAUGGUCAAGAACAAAUCAAACCUAUAAUGACCACAUCAGAGUCUAGGAGAAUUUCAGACCACCAUCCUGCAACCCAGUCACCUGACCAUAAACUGACUUCCCCUGCCUUAGAAUUGACCAGUGGGCAGACAAUCAAGCCGAUGGCCAAUCCUGCCCCAACAAUUACUGCAAUCCAAACUAAUCCAUUCAGAGAGAGACUACUAACAUCUAUUCCAGAUUUGUCCAGAAUGCACCAGCUACCUGGACAAGGAUCUGUUCCAAGAGGGAAGCCAAAGAUAAUUGAGAAGAAUUUCCAAACUGUCACAGUGAAAGUUGAAACAGAUGCUCAGCUUCCCUGUGAGGCUAAGGGAGAGCCAGAGCCCUUUCUGUCAUGGACUAAAGUUGCUAGUGGGGCAAGUAUUGCUCAGAACACCAGGGUUCAGAGGUUUGAGGUCCAUACAAAUGGUACAUUAAUCAUCAGAAACACACAGCACAUGGACGGGGGCCAGUACCUGUGUAUGGUCCAGAACCAGUAUGGUACAGACAAAAUGGUGGUCAACCUAGUGGUCAUGUCUCAGCAUCCGCGGCUGCUGCAGCCUCGGAACACAGACAUCACAGUGCAUCUAGGAGAAAAAGUGGAUUUGGAGUGUAAAGUUGAGGGGCACCCUAUGCCUAGAGUCACAUGGGUGCUCCCUAACCAUGUCCACAUGGCUGCUACCCCAUUUGCUGUGCCCCUUCAGCAGCGUGUGGCUGUCUUGAGUAAUGGAACCCUUCGGAUCAGACAGGCCAGUUACACGGACAGAGGAAUCUAUAAGUGCAUUGGCAGCAGUGCAGCUGGAACUGACACUGCCUCAGUCCAUCUUUAUGUUUCAGCAUUGCCACCUGUGAUUCAACAAACACAAAAUGAAAACACCACCCUCCCAGAGGGCAGCCCCGCCUACAUCCACUGCACCGCCACAGGUGCCCCUCAGCCUAUCAUCCGCUGGAUCACACCUGAUGGCGUACAGCUCACUGCUUCCCAGUUUUUUACUGGAAACAAUAUUAUUGUCUUCCCCAAUGGGACCCUCUACAUACGGGGAUUGGGCCAGGGAAAUGCUGGGAGAUACGAGUGCUCAGCCAGUAACGUAGUGGCAACCAGCAGGAGAACGGUGAUCUUGACCACAAGGAGGUAUCCGUCCUCUUCCAAGGCCAGUAUCACCUCAUCAUCCCCCAAGAGAAAAGAUGUGAUAUACGGGAGUAGGCUGCUUCUCAACUGUGUGGCAUCCGGAGAGCCAGAUCCCUGGAUCAUCUGGCGGACACCCUCUAAAAAGCUGGUGGAUGCUCAGUACAGUUUUGACCCCAGGAUCAAGGUCUUCCCUAAUGGCACUAUAACCGUUCAUUCUGUGACCGACAAGGACAGUGGUGACUACUUGUGUGUGGCACGUAACAAGAUGGGUGAUGACUAUGUUCUGUUGAGGGUCAACGUGCUGACAAAGCCAGCAAAAAUCGAACAGAAGCAGCAGCGAUCCAGUCAGCAGGUGGUGUAUGGUGGAGACUUUAAGGUGGAUUGUGUGGCCUCUGGGCUCCCCGACCCUGAGAUUAGCUGGGCACUCCCAGAUGGCACCAUGGUGAACCCAGUCAAACAGAGAGACCGUGUCAGUGGAGGACGUAGUCGCAGGUAUCUGGUGUUCGACAAUGGUACGCUGUAUUUCAACGAUGUUGGCAUGCCAGAAGAAGGUGACUACACCUGCUACGCUGAGAACCAACAUGGCAAAGAUGAGAUGAAGGUCAGAGUCAAGGUCAAGAUUGCAACAUUCCCACCAAAAAUCCAAGAUAAAGAUCGAAAGAUCGUCAGAGUUUUCUACGGUGAGACCAUUACACUGAGAUGUAACGCCAAAGGGGUACCAAUGCCGGUCAUUGUAUGGAUAUCCCCUACAAACAGAGUGAUCUCCCCUGCAUUAGACAAAUACCAGGUCCUGGACAAUGGGACACUGGUGGUUCAAAAGGUCCAACGUUUUGAUGGAGGUAACUACACCUGCAUGGCCAGCAACAGUGCGGGACAAGACCAUAAAGUCAUCAUGCUGGAGGUCCUGGUAACACCUCCGAUGAUCAACGGCCUAAGAGAAACUGCCAGUGCUGUCAAGGUAACCGCAGUCCAGGAUCAGCAGAAGCUGGUGGACUGUGUGGCAAAGGGAAUCCCCACCCCUCGCAUCAUGUGGGUUCUACCAGGAAAUGUAAUCCUCCCCGCACCGUACUACAGCAACAGAAUGACAGUUCACCAAAAUGGUACCUUAGAAAUCCGGUCACCCAAGAGGACAGACUCGGGGCAGCUGGCUUGUAUUGCUCGUAAUGAAGGAGGGGAGGUCAGGCUGGUAGUUCAUUUGGAUGUGAAAGAGGUUGUCGAGAGGCCAAAAAUUAGAGGCCCAGAAACAGAUAGCCGGUCACUGACUGUUGGGAAUGCUAUGACUUUGAAUUGCUCCUCUGAGGGCUCAACACCACCUCAUGUCACAUGGAUCCUACCCAACGGCACACCUUUGCUUAGUGGUGCUCGAUUCUCUAAGUUUUUUCAUCAGCCUGAUGGCUCUUUGAUCAUCAAUAACCCAUCUGUUGGUGAAGCUGGUACGUACCGCUGUCUGGGGCGUAAUUCUGGAGGGCUUGUAGAAAGUACAAUCACUUUGUCCCUGGGGAGAAAGCCUGAGAUCAACAACAGAUACAACUCUCCUGUUAGCAUCAUGAAUGGGGAAACACUUUUGCUCCAUUGUCUAACCAAUGGCAAACCCCUCAGACUAACAUGGACGCUACCAAGUGGGGUUGUCCUCAACAGGCCACAGAGAGCUGGACGAUAUUCUAUACUGCCCAAUGGGACGCUUGCAAUCCAACAAGUAUCAGUCUUUGAUCGGGGAUCCUACGUAUGCCGAGCUGCAAAUGAGUAUGGUAGUUCUCUGCUCUCUGUAUCGGUAAUUGUGAUUGCAUACCCACCACGAAUUACCAACGGCCCUCCCUCUGUUACUUAUGCUAAACGUGGAGUUGCUAUUCAGUUGAACUGUAUAGCAACUGGGAUUCCCAGAGUGGAGAUAGCAUGGGAAACACCUGAUAAAACCCGCUUGGCUGUCAGUGCACAGCCACGCCUUUUUGGAAACAAGUACCUCCAUCCGCAAGGUUCCCUCAUUGUCCAGAACCCAACACAAGGAGAUGCUGGCAUCUACCGGUGCACAGCUAGGAAUGCCAUUGGCAUAGACACUAAAGCUACAUUUCUCAAUGUGUUCUAAAGAAUUUCACUGUUCAUCAUGGUCAUUGCCAUACUGUAUGCCCAAGCAACUGCCUAGUUAAAAGCAGCUACUUUCUUAAUGAUCCAAAUGAAAAACCUGCUGUCACCAUGAAUAAAAAAUUAGUUGAUUAAAACCAGUAGUGGUGCUUUGAGUGUGUGCUGUAUAAAGGUCAAAGGUUGAUGGUAUUUUGUGUACCAUAGCUUACCUUUUCCACCAUUUUGUUUAUAAUCCACUUCACUGGGAAAUACUAAUGGGCCUCCCUCCUUUGGUUAUCUUUCGAUCAUUUUGUUGUGCAAUUUACCUUUAGGCUAAUGACUUUUAUAAUCGCUUUGAACAGUACAGUAUAUCACCCUUUACCAAAUGAUUUCCACUUCACUAGUAAUAAUUGAUAACUGGAAAAUGAUUGGUACCUCAGUUACCUGCAAAGGCCAAAAGUAAUAAAGCAAAAUUUAAAUUAAACCUAUGGGCAUAUUUCUAAACUUUAAUUUCAAAUUACUAAGGAAGUGGGGCACACAAGUGUACAACAAGUGUCUCUGUAUUCUUACCAUUCUGGGAAAAAAAAUACCAAUUAAUCAGGGACCAACUUCUGGUCUUCUAUGCCAUAAAUCCGUGGAAUCCUGUGACGACUCAGUAAAUAGUACUUAAAGUGCAUAAUUUGCCACAGAUAAUGUUGAUUUCAUUUUGUUGAGAUAGAAAGUAUUCUGAAAGUACUUAACUCCAACAAUGUUAAAUUCUUAAGGUUAGCAUCAAUUAACAUAAAUUGUUCAGAUAUGUGAAUAUACUUCAUUAUCUCGAGCCUCAUCAAAAUACACUUAUUAGCUAUUAAAAGAGUUAAUUAACACUCAUUGGAAAUCUUGUCUUUGCUGACCUCCAAUGGUUUAACCUCUCAUCUUGCUGCUAUACUGAUCACUGAUGGGUGUGGUCUGCUGUUAAUCGUGUUGCUGAAGAACCAUCUUUAGGUGAAAUGUUAGCAUUCAGAGUUCAUAUGUACAUGUAUCAUAUACAUUUGGUUGCUUAACAUGCUCAAAAAUCAUGGCAAGUUUUUGUAUAGGCCACACCUAUUUGUCAGCUCUCCAUAAGAAAACAGAAUAUAGCAUAGAACAAAUUAAUUAAGUUUGGGGGAGUAAAUCCAAAUAUGUAAUGUAACAACUCCGGUGAAGACUAGAUGAGAUAUGUAGGGGGUUAUAAGAAGUGUAAAGCAGAAUAUGUCAGAAAACCUUGUGUAAGUGAAAAUGGGUGUGGCCUAAUUAGGUAGAUACAUGGUGGGCCAAGGAAUCUGGGGCAAAAAUAAAUUACACAAAUCCUCCUUCUAUGCCAGUUCUGGAGUUAUUAAUGUAAAUACGUGCUUUACAAAUGGCCACAUAAUAGUGCUACAGUAUUAAACUAUUUUAUAACAACCCAUAAAGUAGUAAAAAGUGGAAUCUGCGUAACCCAAACUUAAAAAUUCAUGUUUUGUUUUCUUAUUUUCUUCAACAACUUUGUCCUACACAGCAAGUGGUAAAGUAACAGUUUAUAAAUGAUCUCAGCCUGUGCCUCUAUAAGCUCCACUCAAAGUGUUUCACAUUAAAGCAAUUGAUCCUUUGGCUCUGUAGCAUCCUUAUUUGUACAUGUAGCUCUGCUUUGAUGAUAUAGUACAGUUGCUUCUGACAAUGAAAGAUUAUGUCAAGCUGGAAUGAACUGCAAAGCUUCUCAUUUUCUUACUAGGAAAUAUUUUUUAACUUAAUAACAGAAUUGAUUGAAAAUAUGUUGCUGGCAUGAUUUGAGACAUCUGUUGGUAUCUUUUGCCUUUUAUAAAUGUCGAUCUUAACUAUUUUCUGUGUUUCCAUUAUUGGAGUCAGAUAUUUUAGUAACUUUGUUUCCUGCUCUCAGUGGUGUAAAUUUGUAAAUUAUGUCUUUUAACAGACAGUGAUGCCAAGAAAUUUCCCCAUAGUAUAAUAAAUAAUUUCCACUCCUCUCUACUAAGCUCAGAAAGCUCACAAAACAGAGGGAGGAAAAGCAAAAGACUGGGAAAAAUGAUGACUCAAGAAUUUUUGCCACUGUACUAUAAAUGACAUCCACGAGUGAGAAUAUUUUUUUUUAAAUAACUUGAAUAAAGC